GCAGAGUGAUGAAACUGCGAACACUAACAGUCAGCGCUUUACUGAGUUUUCUCAUUUUUGAUUUAUUUAUUACUUUAUACUGUAGUUUAAUUUGUUGCACACUGUUUUGCUUCAUAAUUUCGAUUUCUGAUUUUUGAACCGAUGAAGCCCCGGCAUCAUUGACUUAGACUGUGGCAGAAUCAAAUGUAAUCCUUCUCCUGUCGUCAGACUGUUCCCGGUGCGUCGACCAGCUGAUUCGAGGUCCGCCUCAAAUCCCUCCGCUCCACCAUGAUAUCCGAAGGCUUCAUUGGCGGCUCACAGCUGUUAGUCCUCCUGGGCAACUCCGGCCUAACCUGGUCCCUGCGCGCCCUCCACUGGCUGAACUGUCGCAGUCAGCGUCGCACCGUACUCCCGCGCUCCACCGACGAAGCACAGUCUCCCCGUGAUACAUAUGCCACCCUCCUGUCCAGCCUGGGGGACCUGUCGCCCCAGGAUCUCCUGCGUAGUCUGGAGAUCGCGGCCCCCGGCCUUCUGGAUGUCGUCCACCCCCGGGUGUUGACCCCGGUGGGGACGUAUCUGGGGAGUGGGCCGCUGCCCCUGGAUGUGGGGCUCCUGACGCGGCGGACCGCGCAGGGGCUCCUGGGGGCCACGCAAUCGACGCGGAGCUUCACCACGCGCAAGCGGAAUCCCAAGACGUUGGGCGGCGGGACGAAGACGGCGGAGGAGAGCCUCCAGGACAUUCUGGGGGAGCGGGGCGGGUUGUUGUCCAACUGGUUGAGGAAAGCCAAGCUUAUUGACAAAGCCCCCCUGAAAAUCGUCACCGAUGAGCACAUUAAGAAGUACAUGGCCACUGACUCCACGCUGAGCCAGGAAGACUUCAACAAAGUCCGCUUGGCGUUUCUGGAGGGCUACCUGGCCUCCAACGACCAGAAGGCCAAAUCCGGCAACCGCGCGCCGCUGCUGUUGCGCUUCUUCAGUCUGGCCAUGUCGGCGGCGCUGCUGGCCGUCGUGCUGGUGAUGAUCAGCAACACCAUGUCAUUCCGCGUCAUGAUGGGCCUCAGUCCCCACGAGGUCACGCCCGAGGAUGUCAGCGUCACCUUCAACGACGUCAAAGGGGUGGAUGAAGCGAAAGAGGAACUGAUGCAGAUUGUCGAGUAUUUGAAGAAUCCCGAACGCUUCGGGUCGCUGGGCGGGAAACUGCCCAAAGGUGUCCUGCUGGUCGGGCCUCCCGGGACCGGCAAAACGCUGUUGGCGCGCGCCGUGGCGGGCGAAGCCGGUGUGCCGUUUUUCCAGGUGGCCGGCUCGGAGUUCGAUGAGAUCCUGGUGGGACAGGGCGCUCGGCGCGUCCGGGAAUUAUUCGCGGCGGCUAAGGAGCGCGCUCCCUGUGUGAUCUUCAUCGACGAGAUCGACGCGGUGGGCUCGAAGCGGACCAACUCGGUGCUGCAUCCGCACGCCAACCAGACCAUCAACCAGCUGCUGGCGGAGAUGGACGGCUUCCACCAGACGCAGAGCGUCAUCGUGCUGGGCGCCACCAACCGGCAGGACGACCUGGACAAGGCCCUCACGCGGCCCGGCCGCUUCGACGUGGAGGUGCACGUGCCCAUGCCGGACCUCAAGGGCCGCUCCGAGAUCCUGCGCUACUACCUCGACAAGAUGGUGCUGGCCGCCGACGUCCAGAUGGAGGUGCUGGCCCGCGGCACCUCGGGAUUCACCGGUGCCGAUAUCGAGAACAUGGUCAACCAGGCGGCUUUAUCGGCGGCCAGCGACGGACUGUCCUCCGUGACGAUGGAGUAUCUGGAGCGCGCCCGCGACAAAGUGCUGAUGGGGCCGGCGAAGAAGACCAAAGUGCCGGACGAGGAGGCCAACCAGAUCACCGCCUACCACGAAGGCGGCCACACCCUCGUGGCCCACUUCACCAAGGACUCCAUGCCGCUGCACAAAGUGACCAUCGUGCCGCGCGGACCCUCCCUCGGACAUACGGCGUAUAUUCCGGAGAAGGAGAUGUACCAUCACAAGAAGUCGGAGAUGCUGGCCAUGCUGGACACGUUGUUGGCCGGGCGGGUGGCGGAGGAGCUGAUAUUCGGGCCGGACUACAUAACCUCCGGCGCGUCGGAUGAUCUGAAGAAGGCCUCGGAGCUGGCCAGUCGGAUGGUGAAGAUGUUCGGCAUGUCGGAGAAGGUGGGACUGCGGUACUACGGGGACGAUGACGAGCGCAGUGUCUUCUCCGCCGGCAAGGACCUGGCGCCCACCACCGCCGAAGCCAUCGAUGCGGAAAUCAAAAAGAUUCUCCAGGAUUCUUACGAGCGCGCCAGGAAUAUCCUGAAGCAGCACGCCAAGGAGCACCGGCUCCUGGCCGAAGCGUUACUGGAGUACGAGACCCUGGACGCCGACGAUAUUCGCACGGUUAUCAGCGGGAAAAUUUUGAAUAAAAAGAAAGUCCUUUGAACGAUGAGCACCGAUGCUGUUUUUUAAUUAUUCCUAUUAUUCUCUGUAUGGAUGUGUAGCGUGGUUGCCGUUACUGUAAAUCUGGUUGUUUUAGCUUCGUCGACUUUAAUCGUCACUGCGAACGCUGAAAGCUGCCGACAAACAGAAAAGUUAAAAAUGAAAACGC